AUGGCUGAAGCAUCGGCUCUAUUAGUCACACUUGUGGGAAUUGUGGCAUCUGCCCCAAUCUCUGACAAACUGGGCAUUAUGAACAAGGAUACUAUUGUACAGGCUCACGUUUUAAUCAACAAAAUUCUAAAAGAUAUUCCUACAACUCAUGCAGCCUGGAUAAACAACAAGAGUCUGACUCUGGGCGACAGCACGACUAAACUGCAGCUGGAGUUCUUGAGGAAAUCUAUGAUACCCUCUGCCCCAGUUCUUCAGAACAUUUCCAGUAUCUCCAGCAUGGAAACCUGCCUUGCACACAUAGUGAAGGGACUGCAACUACAUCUGAAUCUCUUGAAUGAGAUCAGCAAAGAACUGGCCCAGACAGACCAAGUGAAUGAACUUAAAGCUGAAAUUCAAGAACUUUGUUCCCUAAUCAAAAAGUUGCAGAACCAGGCGGGAUUUGACCCAUCAAAGCAGGCAUCAGAUGAGCAGUCACAGACCCCAGAGCAUGAUCUGGCCAAGCAUCUGACAAAUAAAUACAUGACCCAGGUGGCGGCCCACCUCACCCUGCAACAGCUUCAGGACUUCAGCUGUGACGUCCUCCGCAGUAUCCUCAGUAUUCGCAGAAUGACCUCCAACAUGUCCAUGGCAGAGAACCCUAACACUGUGCAGCUCUGCAUAAAUACAGCAAGUCUAUAAGCAGCCUAGAGCAGUAAGCCCAAAGUAUACUUGAGUUUUGACACAGACGCAUAGCCUUUAAAAGUAUACUGUAUGCGGAUAGCAUGCAAAGUAUACUGAAACACAUGCAAACUGGAACGUUCCAUCUUUGUCCAGUGUCUGUGCUAUUUUUCUAAAGAAG